AUGGCCUCGCAGAAUACCGACCCCGGCGCCGCGGCAGCCGCCGCCCGCGCCUCCAGGAAGGCCGCCGAGCCCGGCAGCGGCGCCGCCCGAGGCUCCGUCCGCAGCAGGCUGCAGCAGGAGCUGAUGACCCUGAUGAUGUCUGGAGACAAAGGCAUCUCGGCCUUCCCGGAGUCGGACAACCUCUUCAAGUGGAUCGGGACCAUUAACGGAGCAGCCGGGACGGUGUAUGAGGAGCUGAGGUACAAGCUGUCCUUGGAGUUCCCCAGUGGGUACCCCUACAACGCGCCCACUGUCAAGUUCCUCACCCCCUGCUACCACCCCAAUGUGGACCUGCAGGGGAACAUCUGCCUGGAUAUCCUCAAGGACAAGUGGUCGGCCCUGUACGACGUCCGGACCAUCCUGCUCUCCAUCCAGAGCCUGCUGGGAGAGCCAAACAUUGAGAGUCCGCUGAACACCGAUGCCGCAGAGCUCUGGAAGAACCAGGCAGCCUACAAGAAACACCUUCACGAAUCGUAUGCAAAGCAUAUGAAGAGCCAGGAGACCUGACUCCUCUGCUGCUCCUGUCGCUGCCUGCCGUCUCCACCCUGGUGGU